CGCUGGCGCCGCUGGCGCUGGCGCAGCAGCAACGUUUCAACAAGUUGGCGACAGUGCACGCGUUAUGCUGGAUACUAGCACUGAGGGCAUUGCGGCGCUGACGUCGGCUGGCAACAGAAUCAUCACCACAGCGGAUGGCGAGUUGAGGUCCGUCGGAAACCUGACGGGCAAGCUGCUCCAGGACAUCAACGGGCAGGUUAUGGUGCUCAGCUCCGAUGCGAGCAGCCUGAUUCGGGCCGUAGACCGCCAGGUCGUGGCCAGGGGCGCCGAUGUCGGUCGCGCCAUCAGGGACCUGACGCAGGUUGGCCGGAUUCUCGGCUACAACGCCAACCGCCAGCUGUUGCUGUUGAGCAAGGAUGCCCGGGGCGUCAUCAAGAGCACCGGGCAGCUGGUUCGCACCGCCACCGGCUCGCUGCAGGUUGUGACUCGCAGCGCGCAGGGUGCGCUCCUGGAGGUGUCACACCUGGUGACGGAUGCGCGCGGGAUCAUGCGGCUUGUUGCCGCCGACACAUCGCAGCUGCUGCAGGCCUACACCGACCUCGGCAGGAGCGUGGACACCAACAUCACGCUCAUCACUCAGCAGGCGCUGCUCUCGAUGCACGAGAUUCAGCAGUUCAUCCACAACGCGCAGGGCCUACCGCUGGCGGCGCACAACCUGCUGGGCACUGUGGAGGAGACGGUGCAGAGGUUGCGCAUGGGCGGGCACAUGGUCAUGUGGUUUGCCAUGCAGGCACUGGGCGCUAUUGCCAUCUUCUACAUCAUGUCAACCUGGUGGGGCUUCUGCUCUGUCGUCUUCGCGCCUCUCCUCGGCUUCAGGCUUUCCUUCGCCAUCAACGCCGGUGUCUCGACCACGCUUGUUGGUGGAUACACCUACCUCAUGCUCCUCAUCAACGCCGGGCCAAUGCCCCUGACAAUCGAGCAGCUCCCCCCUCCAGCACGGCUCACGCCGGCGGUGGCCCUACCGCAGCCAGCAGCGGUGGCCCGGCCCGCUCUGCCGGCGGCUGCACCAGUAGCACGAGCGCCCCCGCCGGGCCCACCGGUUCCGCCGGCUCCGCCGGUUCCGGCGCAGCCGCGUCUCCAGGGCGGGGGCUGGCGCCUUCACCCACAAUGCGACCACUACAAUUGCGACCUGCGAGGGCCCACCUGGCCGGCGCAGGAGGAGGGGCUAGCACACAUCCGCGCCAUUGCCAUGACCGCCGCGCACCAGAACAACGCUGUGGCAUUCAACACAAUCGGGUGCAUCAAGCACCACGCGGAACCCAUCAAACGAGUCAAGGACGGCUGGGCGCACAAGCGGGUGUACGAGGGCGUCUUCGUCCGGGACAGCAAUGUGCCAGCUGGCUGGCUGUUCCUGCCUGACAUGAACUCGCCUCAGGACGGCAACAUAGAGCGGUACGACUGCGAGGACGCCUUCCAUGCGGCCAAGGUCGCGAACGCGCUGCCGACGCGUGUUGUGGCCUUCUCAUCACACGGCUGGAUGAAGAGCCGCCUGCCGAACAGCAACAUCCGCGUGGAAACCGACAUGCCGCGCAUGGGCGGCCUGCGCGGCCUCUUCGUUAGGAUCUGAUAUCUUUUUGAUGAGCGGCAACUUGCUAUCUUAAGUGAUUGCUUUCGUGGGGUGGGCGCGGCUUGAUUGAGUGAUGGGGCCACCACUGGGCGGGAACGGCUAUAGGGGUGGUGGCUCGAGAUCAGGUGUACAGAGUUUACGGGAAGUACGGAUUGCACGAUUUGCAUGGAGGCACAUGAGGGCGAGACGAGCAGGGCCGGUGGUCUCGUGGUCUUGGGUGGGAACGCGCAGAGUGUUGCAUGAUCGGAUUCGUGCAGGUAUUUCGGGGCGGGGGCGGGCGGGCAGGCUAGGCGGGCGGGCGGGCUAGGCGGGUUGUAGCUAGUCUACAGGGAUCACGUGCCGUGGGGAAGCUGGGCUUGCCGUGGUAGGCCUGCCAUGUUGCGCACGUCGACCUACCCGUUAUUCAGCUGCCCCCCUGUCAGCUGGACAGGGCUUGCGGCUCGCCUGCUUCACAGACAUUGGCGCAAUCAAUCUGGAGAUAGCGACACU